UUCUAGAAAAAAUGUAAGGUUUUUAUUAGUUCGUAAUUUAAAUAUAUUAAAGAGUUAUUCUCUUCUACGGAAAAAGAAAAAGUAAUUUGUGUGUGAAGUGGAUUCUAUAGCUGUCUCUCUUAUUAUUUGAUAAUCAUCUUUGUAAAUUAAGGGAGUAUUUAAGAAAUAUGACCAAAAUGACCUACACGAAUGGGUGUGUCCAUAUGAGCGAUGAAUAGGAGAUCUACUGUUUGGAUAGGUGAUUUGGAUUCAAAUAUUGAUGAAGAUUUUCUUGUAGAAGCAUUUAGAAUAUUAGGAGAGCCAAUUUGCAGUGUAAAAAUUAUCAGGAAAAGUACUGAAUCUGUAUGUUACGGAUUCUUAGAAUUUCCUGACGAGGAGAGUGCACAAAGAGUUUUGCAUCGAUACAACGGAAAACUUAUUCCUAAUUCUAGUUCUAGGAGAUUCAAGUUGAAUCACGCCAAUCAUUCUAAAGAUAGUCCCAGUUCUGCGACUCAUUACUCUUUGUUUGUGGGAGACCUUAGCCCAGAAGUUGAUGAUUUAACGCUGUUUGAUGCUUUUCUAGCUCAUUAUAAAACUGUAAAGCUAGCGAAAGUUAUAUACGAUAAUUACGGUGUUAGCAAGGGUUACGGAUUUGUACACUUUGCUAGUAAAUCUGAGUACGAAGCAGCCUUAAUAGAAAUGCAGAAUACACAUAUUGGAUCCAAGUCUGUUAGAGUCAGCACUGCUCAACAGAAAGGAGGCUCUUCUUCGAGUGCACCAUCUACCGAAGAACAACAAUGGCAGCAGCAAUAUCCAGGAUAUGAUUAUCAAAGUUAUUAUGCAGCUUGGCAAAAUUAUCAGCAACAAAAUCCUUACUAUGCUUAUGAUCAACGUUAUGGUGCAUACGCCGGUGCAUAUCAAUAUCCUCAACAAUAUUCUUAUUCUGAUCCACAACAAGUUGCCGCAACAGAUGGAACUGCCGCAACUACAACCGCACAAUAUGCUGAAGCUGCAUAUGAAGUUAUAGAAAAUGCUAUUGAAGAGCAUGAUGAACCUCUUGAUGUAGAUCAAGUGAAUCAGGAAUUUAUGCAAAGGAACGAGGAGGUUUACACAGCUUUGGAUGACUCAAGGUGGUUGCCUAAUGACAACUUAGAUCCACCUCUUAUAAGGAUUAAAUAAUUUUUUUACAUGCAAUUAUGUGUACAUUUUUCAUUGGACUUCAUUUCUAUUGUUUUGAGUUUGAAUUGAAACAACUCCCUCCAACAUAAGUAAUUCAUGUGACGUGGCAGUUUUAGAUAUAUUUUCUUUGUUAAAUAAAUUUGUUAGCUUGAUA